UAGAGGCCGUCAUGGCGGAAACUCUGGAGGAUUUGAUUGAUAAAGCCACUGAUCCUUCUCAAACUAAGGACGGCGUGGACUACUCGACACCAGUAUGCGACAGAAUAAAUCUAGACCUCGAUGGACCAACAAUUGGGAUCCGUUACAUAGUGACAAAGGUCAAAAGCGCAAGGGAAGACGAGGCUCUUUUAGGACUGGAUUAUGAUGGGGACUGGACAGCUGCCCCAGUGAAGAAACGCAUUAUCCAGUGUAUGUAUAGCUGGACUGUAGGUUUACCAACGGAGACCAAAAUUGCAGAGGCUUACAAGAUGCUAAAAACACAAGGAAUUGUCACCACGGACCCACAAGAUCCUUAUGCUCAAACUGCUGCUGAAAAUCCUCCUGACAAAUCAAAAGAUACGAUAUUCCAGGAUGAAGAGAAAUCAAAGCUGUUGGCUCGCCUUCUGAAGAGUAGCCAUCCAGAAGAUUUACAAGCUGCAAACAGACUGAUCAAGACAAUGGUCAGACAGGAUGAAAUGAAGAUGGAGAGACUGGUGAAAAGAAAUACAGAAAUGGAGACAUGCUGUAAUAACAUCAAGCUUCUGACAGAGAUGUUGAAUCAUUAUAGUCCUUCUUCUCCAGCUCAGGAUAAGGAACUCAUGAAGGAACUGUAUGACUCCUGUGAUAAAAUGAGACCACAAUUGUUUAGACUAGCCAGUUCAGCCACUGAAGAUGGUGAUGAAGGAUUGGCUGAAAUUCUCAGAGUGAAUGAUGACUUAUCAAGAGUGUUAGAGUACUAUAAAAGGAUAUUUGGAGUAGCUCCAGGAGCACCCACUACACCAACUAGUCCUGGACCUCUUUCUGUGACUCAGACAGCAAAUUCUGAAGUCAGUCCUCCUGCUGGUGCAUCCACCCUUAUUGAUCUGGGCACUGGAGGCCAACAAGGAACCUCGGUGGAAACUCCAGCAUCCAGUGUUUUGGAAAAUGAACUUAAAGCUCUAGGUCUUCACGAUCUAGAGGCACCAUCAGUAAAGAGCAAUUCUCAGAUACCACUUCAGCAAGCCACUCAGCAGCAGCAGCCUAGUGUUGUAGGACCUUGGGGUGCACCAGCCCAGAACUUUGGCAUUUUGCCACCACCAUCCACUACAGUAGGCGUGGUUAGACCAAUGGGUCAGCCCCAGGUGGCUGGAAUGAUGCCCCCUACCUAUAUGGUUGCAGGACAGAUGAAUAGAAUGCCGUUCCAAGCCAUGUCUCCUGGUGCAAUGACCAUGGCACCAAGGCAGGGACCACUGACUAUGGGUGUCAAUAGCUUUACCAUGCCAGCUGUUGGUUCAUCUCCUCGUGGGAAUCUACCAGCAGCUGGAGGUAGGAAGGCGGAAGAACAGGCAAGGCCGCCAAGUGCAUUGGACUUACUUGGUCAAGAAUUACUACAGACCCAGAAGCAGCAACAGAAGCAGAAACAAACUGUCGCUCCACUGCAAGAGAAACCUGCCCCUGAGCAGCAGCAGCAGGUGGUGGCAGCCUCUACAGCUGACAGUCUGUUGUCGUUAGGAGUGGAGCCAAGCCCUUCAACCCUUCCGGUCGGGUCUGUCAAUGUUAGUUCACCUUCACCAGCCACUUUUCCUCCAGUACCUUCUCCACCAAAGCCAACACCUCCCUCUUUAGACAAUGUCUUUGUUCCUUUAGAUACCAUAAAACCAGGAAACCAUCCACCACUAACAGUUCUCGAUAAAAACAGCAUCAAAUUAAUUUUUCACUUUGCUAAGACGAGCGCAGAGCUAGACAGAAAAGACUUGCUGGUUGUUGUGAUUUCCACCAUGAGUUCGCUAUCAUAUGAAGUUAAGAAUUUCGUUUUUCAGGCUGCAGUACCAAAGACCAUGAAAGUGAAGCUUCAACCUCCAUCUGGUAGCGAGUUGCCGGCAUAUAAUCCAAUUCUUCCUCCCUCAGCCAUCACACAGGUUAUGUUGAUCGCUAAUCCAGCAAGGGAAAAGAUCAGAUUAAAGUUCAAAAUAAGUUACCAAGUUGAUGGCGCUUCCCUGACAGAAACUGGCGAGGUGGACAGCUUCCCUAGCGAUGUUUAAGGAUAAAUCGAAGGAUGAUUUCAAGUCUCUGCUUGCGAUGAGUAAUUGUGGUUGGAUUGAGUGGAGUCCGAUUCGGUCUGUAACCUUACGAGUGAUUCGCGGAGUCGGAUUUGUUACUAUCGCGUAUGAUUACAGACAGAAUUAGACAACAAGAAGUCCUGUUACCAAUGAAUCAAAACUAUAACAAAAUUUUUAGGUACGUACUAGCCAUCGUUUUAUUGAGAAAAACAAUAGUUAACUCUGCGAAGUGUGUGAUAACAGCAUGCGCACAUGAUACGUAGGAUCAAAUUACACAGGCAAGACGCUUGCACUGUCCAAUUACGUCCAAUUCAGUGCAAGCGUGACGCUUACGCUGUCCUGUAAAUGCUCAAAUCGGGCGGGAAAUAACCAAUCGUGUUCGAGAAUUUUGGGAUAGUUUCGAUUUAGACACUAGUUUAAUUGAAUAGGGAAGAGUUGUUCGUGAUAGUUUAAAAUUUACACCUUAGCGCCUAAAGUAAAAAUAAGAAAAACGUUAAGGAAGAAUAAUCUGAUGUAACUCUUAGAGGUUUUCCAGAAUAGAAAGAACAAGUUCCGCCAGGCUUGAACGCGGGCGAGGGAGGGUCGUGGUCGACGAUCUUGAAAAAAGAAAAAAAACCGAGGUUCGUCAUUUUUAAUCCAAGUCAAUCUUUUAGUUCCUUCCUUUUAGUUUCUUCUGACUCUUUUGAUAAUUGUUUACAUUUAAAAAAGAUCACUUUAGGAAUGCUUUAUUUUAAAAAGGCAAGUGUUUGUGCCGGAUGCUUUAAAUGAAAAGCGAAGGUAGUUUUAUGACUUCUUCUUGAGUAUUCUCCCUCACCACAGAUGAGGGAGAAUACUCGAGUAUUGACGGUCGGAGAGUAUUUAAUUCUAUUAAAAAAGUCAAUCAGUACAUGCAAAUGAUUUUCAUACCAAGUUGGCCUGAAUUCUAUUGAUGGUAUGCAACCGAAUGUUUGUUUGUUAGUUCCAGAAAAGACUUUGGAAAAAAAAAAUUUAAUGGGAAGAUAGAGAAUUUACUUUCUAAAACUAAUGAAAUACCAAGUUGUUAUUAGUGACUUCGCUAGGCUAUCUUUAAGAUACUGGAAACAGGUUUACAUAAUUGCUAUAUUAAGCCGUCUUAAAACUGAGCUUACAGUUACAAAAAAUUGUUGUUAUUCAUAUUAAAGUAUUUAAUUUAAGGAA